AGAGACGACCUGGUGCAUACAAAUGACAUCAUAUCCAAAGCAAGAUGGACGAAAGAAACUGAAGUCUGCAAUCACAUCGAUUAUGAAAACUCUAUUUUUAGGCAAAUGUGACCUUUACAUCGGUAGAAUUUUAGCAUAGUCUUUCAAGGAACAGCGUAUGGCUUUUCAAAAGACGUUUCGCAAAGCUGGGAGUCAUUAUAGCGAUAUCAGCGCAUUAGAUGGUAUAGAAGUCAAGGUGGGACCAAGUUUUCAGCCACCAGCAAAGGUUGCUCUGCCGGUUGGGUUUCAUUUAAAAGAUCCAUCAGAGAUCCUUAGCUUGACGUAUGACUUUGGACUGGAGCAUGAAGUCAUUGCAAAGGCUGAAAAAAUAAAAGCAAAGAAAUUCCAAGAGGAAGAAGAAAAUGAACAAGCCAAAGCUUUAGACAAUCAAUCAAAUGAGGGACCUCCUUUAGCCACACCGAACUUGGCGUUUUCUACAGACAUAUUAGAACCAACUACUGUGACUGGACAUGGACAUUCCAGGAACAGCAGCUUGGGUGGAAGAAACUCUUUUGAUCUGGCAGACUUUGAAAAUAACACAUCAACUCCUUUUGAGCUCGUAGAACUUCAGACAAUAAAUGAUCUUGAUGAGCUUAAAGAUGUUCUGCUGUCCGUUUCCCAGCCGAGUGUUACUGUAGUUCAAACAGGUUGUUCUGCAACAACAGGGCAACAAGCAUCAUUUACUAGUACAGUAGCAGCAACUUCUAGUGUGUUAAACUCUCUGUCGACAAGUGUUCCCCAAAUGGCCUAUGCGGCCUCAACAACGCCUAGUUACCUCCCUUCUAAAUCAACUUCUAGUGGAUUAAACUUUGAAUCAACAAGUGUUCCACAAACAGCUUAUGGGGUUGCGACUGAAACCAGUUACCUCUCUUCUUCAAGUGGGAUUAACCACCAGUUGGCAAAUUCUCAGCAAAUGGUUUAUGGCACUGCCGCAGUACCUACCUAUCUUCCAGAUAAUACACCUCUUGGUACCAUAGGCCACCAGAACAAUACAAACCUCACUACAAGCCUAUCUAAGUCAGUUCCUGACCUUUCAAGUAAUCAGCUCGUGAAUCUGGCGGAUGGUAAUGAAACUGGCUCAGUAGGUACUGGCCCACCUUUGAGAAAUGCAGGGUAUAAUAUGUCGCAUUCAUGGGGUAUUUCUGAGUAUAAUAAAUAUUCCCGCCAUGGUGCACCAGCCCAACCAGCACCAAUGCUAGUUGAUAUUAACAAUGGAACUUCUCCACCCAAGUUGCCACCAAAGACAUAUAACAGACCUAGAAGCAUGGUUGGGACACCUUCGGUGAAUAAUACGGUUGCUUCUAGUGAUAAUAAUAUAACUGCUUAUCCGACACAGCCUGGUAGGCUUCCGCCAUUACAAUUCCCCCCUCCAAUCCCUAGUAGUUCAUCUGAGGAUAACAAACCAAUACCAAAACCCAGGCGAAUGCUUACACCUUUGCAAGGAUCUCUAGAGUCCAAUCAAGGGUCCUUAUUGGAGCAGCAGGGACCACCAGUGCUUAAACCCAGGCGGAUGGCUCCACCUGUGCCACACCCAAGGGCUCAGGAAAGGGUGAAGCAACAUUCCUCUCCCCUCCCUCCUGCCUCCUAUCCAUCACAUCCCUCUCCUAGCGACCAGUCCAGUCUACCAAAUCCAUUGCCACUGCUUGAAAGUAGAGAGAAAGAGUUGGUUAACUAUAUAUCAAUCAUGGGUUUCCCAAAACCUAGGGUUGCAAGAGCUGUGCAUAGACUUGGAGAGAAAGACAGAGAGGUAAUUGACUACCUGGUGGCCGUGGAGGAACUCUCCGAGGCUGGCCAUGAUGGUGAUGACGUGGAAAUAGCCAUGGAGUGUAAUAAUUAUGAUAAACCAAAGGCUUUAGAGUUUCUAGAAUUGUGCAAGGCAUUCAAGGAGCUUGGUUUUCAAAAGGAACAAAUUCACACAGCACUAAAGGCUGCUGAGAAUGAUAGUGACAAAGCCUUGGAUUUACUCACCUCAGUUUCUGCUUCAUGACUGGGUGCUAGAAACAGUGGGAUAUUAUGGGGGGAUGAAAAUUUCAAGAAGUGAAGAAGAAUAUAUUAUGCUGUUGCAAAAUUGAAUAUCACUGAACUUAAAAGGGGAUAUACAACAAUUGUGUAUAUUAUGACAAUUAUUACAUUGUUUUAAAUGAAAACAAAUUAACAUUAUGAAGAGAGGAUAGGUACUUCUUUUCAGAAGUGGUUUGCAAAGAGUUUGAAUAUUGCUAGAUUAAUUAAAGCGGCAAUGUCACCAGUUUACUUCCAGUUGAAAAAUUGUAAAAGCAGUCUGUCUAUUGCAAGUUUCUUUGAGGAUGUGACUGAUAAUUUAUAGCAUGUGACUGAUAAUUUAGAGCCCUCCGGAAGUAAAGUGGUGACAAAGCCCUUUUAACAACUGCUAUGCCACCAAAAGUGCUGCAUUUCUUGAUAAGGGUCCCUUUGAUUGCAGUAAAACUAUAAAUUGCAUAUUUUCACCUUUGAUUAUUGUGCUUGUUCCAUUUUGUCAUAACGCCAUGUGCCAGAAUAUCUUCGGCGGCUGGGGGUGGGGUUGUGCAUGCCCUCUCUGCAUGCAAUAGGUACCAAAUUUCCUUUUUGAUAAAAGCCCACAUACUUUCACCAGUACUUUUAUUACCAUGGGUUGUCUGUCACUAAAGAAUGGUUCUUUCAAGAAGCAUCUUUUGCUCAAAAAGUGUGAUUUUGUUGAACCCAUGGAAGCAAUCGGGGUCUAUCCCUGAUCUAUCACGGAUUCUUUGUUACCCUGUCUCAUGUUCCGACAUCUGUGUCAUGUGAUGUUGUAAGAUGAUAUUCGCUAGGGUGGGUACAGGCAGUGUGACUGGGGGAGGAGGUAAUAGGGGGCUAAUAUGAAGGCCACUCGUUUUCACAAUAGUACCAAUGUGGGUGUUUUUAAAGGUGGGUGUGGGUACAGCAAAUGCAUAAAAAUGGCAUGGGGUGACUGGGGAGAGAGGAAAUAAGGGCUGAUAUCAAGGCCAACGUUUGCAAACUAUUACCAUGACGUUGUUUGUAGAGGAGUUAGUCUAGAUCUAAUCUUAUUACUUAGUUCGAAAAAAAAUACAGAACAUGAAAUGUG